UGGUUCAGGAUAUUCAAUAAACUGAAGGCCUGGAAUGAGACUUCUAAGGGCCUCACUUGUAGCCUUACAUCUAGAACAGGAAUUCUAUCUCAUCUCAGAGAAGAAGAAAAUGAGGCAAAGAUUGAAAAUGUGCAGAAAACAGGUUUCAUCAAAGGACCAAUGUUCAAAGGUGUUGCUUCUAGUCGGUUUUUGCCCAAAGGCACCAAGACAAAAGUUAAUUUGGAGGAACAGGGACGGCAGAAGGUAUCAUUCAGCUUCAGCCUUACAAAGAAAACUUUGCAGAACAGGUUUCUGGCUGCACUUGGGAAUGAAAAGCAGAAUGAUACUCCAAACUCUCCAGCUGUACCUCUUCAAGUAGACUCAACACCUAAAAUUAAAACAGACAUUGGAGAUACCUUAACUACUGCAGAAGAAUCUUCCCCACCAAAAUCAAGGGUAGAAUUGGGCAAAAUUCACUUUAAGAAACAUCUGCUUCAUGUAACAUCCAGGCCACUGUUGACUGCUACCACAGCAGUGGCGUCUCCACCUCCUCCCAUAGUACCAUUACCAGCAAUCAUAGCAGAAUCAACAACUGUAGACUCUCCACCUUCAUCUCCACCUCCACCACCUCCACCUCCCCAAGCUGCAACACCCCCAUCACCAGCACCAGUAACAGAGCCAGUGGCCUUGCCACACACACCAAUAACAGUUCUGAUGACAGCACCGGUAGAUGUAUCCACUAGAGCCUUGAAGGAACCACCAGUUAAAAUUGUACCAGAAUCUUCAGAAGUGGACACUAAGCAGGACUCUGUAUCCAAUAGUUCAGAAGAACAUGUAAGUCAAAAUUUGAAUGAGCAAACAGAUAUUCCUUCACAAAAAGAAGAUUCCCAUAUUGGGAAGGAAGAAAUUCCAGAUAGUUCUAAGAGUAGUCUGGUCUCUAAAAAAACAGGUUCUAAGAAGAAAUCCUCACAAUCUGAAGGCACCUUUCUUGGUUCAGAAUCUGAUGAAGAUUCUGUACGGACUUCUUCAAGUCAAAGAUCCCAUGAUUUAAAAUUUUCAGCAAGCAUUGAAAAAGAAAGAGAUUCAAAAAAGAGCUUAGCACCUUUAAAAAGUGAGGAUUUAGGGAAAUCGUCACGAUCUAAAACAGAGAGAGAUGAUAAAUAUUUUAGCUACUCAAAACUUGAAAGAGAUACUCGGUAUAUAUCUUCUCGCUGUAGAUCAGAGAGAGAGCGAAGGCGGAGCAGAUCUCGUUCUAGAUCUGACAGAGGCUCUAGAACUAGUUCAUCUUAUUCCCGAUCAGAACGAUCCCAUUAUUACGACUCUGAUCGUCGCUACCAUAGGAGUUCCCCUUAUCGAGAGAGGGCACGCUAUUCUCGGCUGUAUACAGAUAACAGGGCACGAGAGAGUUCUGACUCAGAAGAUGAGUAUAAAAAGACAUACUCAAGGAGAACGUCAUCUCAUUCCUCAUCUUACAGAGACCUAAGGACAUCAUCAUCCUAUUCUAAAUCUGAUCGGGACUGUAAAACUGAGUCCUCUUACAUAGAGAUGGAGAGAAGAGGAAAGUAUUCUUCAAAAUUAGAAAGAGAAUCCAAAAGGACUUCAGAAAAUGAAGCAGUGAAAAGAUGUUCUCCCCCUAAUGAACUGGGAUUCCGACGGGGAUCAUCAUAUUCCAAGCAUGAUAACAGUGUUUCCCGUUAUAAAUCUGCCCCUUCAAAACCUAUAUCCAAGUCUGAUAAAUUUAAAAAUUCUUUCUGUUGUACAGAACUGAAUGAGGAAAUCAAACAGUCUCAUUCUUUUAGUUUACAGACUCCUUGUUCAAAAGGUAGUGAUUUAAGAAUGAUUAGUAAAAUUCCUGAAAGAGAAAAGACUGGUUCUCCAUCUCCAUCAAAUCGAUUAAAUGAUUCACCUACUUAUAAAAAGUCAGAUGAAUUGCCUAUUUUUAAGUCUGAAUUUAUAGGACAAGAUAGCCAUGAUAGUAUUAAGGAUUUAAACUCUUUAUGUAAAGUGAAGAAUGAUCAAUUAAGAAGUUAUUGUCCCACAGAAUUAAAUAUAAAUGGAUCUCCUGGGGCAGAAUCUGAUUUGGCAACAUUUUGCACUUCUAAAACUGACACUGUUUUGAUGUCUUCUGAUGACAGUGUGACUGGAUCGGAGGUAUCCCCUUUGGUCAAAGCAUGCAUGGUUUCAUCAAAUGGAUUUCAGAAUAUUAAUAGAUGUAAAGAAAAAGACUUGACUGAUACUUGCAUGCAGCAUAGUAAGUCAGAAAGCCCUUUUAGAGAAACAGAACCUCUGGUGUCCCCACACCAAGAUAAACUUAUGUCUUUGCCAGUUAGGACUAUAGAUUAUUCCAAAACAAUAGUUAAAGAGCCAGUUGACAUGAGAGUUUCUUGCUGUAAAACCAAAGAUUCAGAUAUAUACUGUACUUCAAAUAACAACCGCCCUUCUUUGUGUCAUUCCGAAGCUGAAAAUAUUGAUCCUUUAGUUACGAAGAUUUCUUCAAAUAGCUUUAUGAAUGUGCAUUUGAAAUCGAAAACAGUAAUGUGUGAUAAUAGAAAUCUGACAGAUCAGCACUCAAAAUUUGCAUGUGGUGAAUAUCAGGAGACUGUUGGUAGUACUGGUUCAACUUCUGUUAAUCAUUUUGAUAAUUUAUAUCAACCUAUAGGGAGCUCAUGUAUUGCUUCAUCUCUUCAGAAUCUUCCACCAGGAAUAAAAGUGGACAGUUUAACUCUCUUGCAGUGUGGAGAGAACACAUCUCCAGUUUUGGAUGCUGUGCUGAAGAGUAAAAGCGCAGAGUUUUUAAAGCAUGCAGAGAAAGAAACAAUAAUAGAAGUAGGUAGUGGCCUUCCUGAUUCAGGAAGGGGAUUUGCUUCCUGGGAAAACAGGCAUAAUAAUGGGUUGUCUGGGAAAUGUGUGCAGGAGGCUCAAGAAGAAGGAAAUUCCAUAUUGCCUGUUAGAAGAGGAAGACCAGAAACCUCUUUAGAUGAAGAAGGUGGAAGAGGACAUGCACAUACUUCUGAUGAUUCAGAAGUUGUGUUUUCUUCUUGUGAUUUAAAUUUAACCAUGGAGGACAGUGAUGGUGUAACAUAUACCUUAAAAUGUGACAGUAGUGGUCACGCCUCAGAGAUUGUGUCUACUGUUCAUGAAGAUUAUUCUGGUUCUUCGGAAAGUUCAAGUGAUGAAAGUGAUUCAGAAGAUACAGAUUCUGAUGAUAGCAGUAUUCCAAGAAACCGUCUUCAAUCUGUUGUGGUUGUGCCAAAAAAUUCUACUUUGCCCAUGGAAGAAACAAGUCCUUGUUCUUCUCGGAGCAGUCAAAGUUACAGACACUAUUCUGACCACUGGGAAGAUGAGAGAUUGGAGCCAAGGAGACAUUCAUAUGAGGAAAAAUUUGAGAGUAUAGCAAGUAAAGCCUGUCCUCAAACUGAGAAGUUCUUCCUUCAUAAAGGAGCAGAGAAGAAUCCAGAAAUUUCUUUUACACAGCCCAGUCGAAAACAAAUAGAUAAUCACCUGUCUGAAAUUGCUCAUCCUCAGAGUGAUGGGGUUGAUAGUACAAGUCAUUCAGACGUGAAAUCUGACCUUCUAGGUCAUCCAAAUUUUGAGGGAAUAGUGAAAGCCAAAAUAGCUUCUAGGCAGCAAGAAGAGCUGCCAGUUUAUUCUUCUGAUGAUUUUGAAGGUGUCUCAAAUAAGUCUCGGCAACAGACUACUUUCUCCAACAGGCCAGACAGUAGACUGGGGAAAACAGAGCUAAGUUUUUCUUCCUCUUGUGAGGUAUCUCGAGUGGAUGGUUUCCAUUCAUCAGAAGAGCUCAGAAACCUAGGGUGGGACUUCUCUCAACAAGAAAAGCCUACUACCACAUACCAGCAACCUGACAGCAGCUAUGGAGCCUGUGGUGGACAUAAGUAUCAGCAAAGUACAGAACAGUAUAGUGGGACACGUAAUUAUUGGCAAGGCAAUGGCUACUGGGAUCCAAGAUCAGCAGGUAGACCUCCUGGAACUGGGGUUGUGUAUGAUCGAAUUCAGGGACAGGUACCAGAUUCCUUAACAGAUGACCGUGAAGAGGAGGAGAAUUGGGAUCAACAUGCAGGAUCUCACUUUUCAAGCCAGGCCAGUAAAUUUUUUCUAUCCCUUCAGAAGGACAAGGGGUCAGUUCAAGCACCUGAAAUAAGCAGCAAUUCCAUUAAGGACUCUUUAGCUGUGAAUGAAAAGAAAUGUGCCAAGCAAGGGAAGAUGCCUUGUUACUUUGAUCUGAUUGAAGAAAAUGUUUAUUUAACAGAAAGAAAGAAGAAUAAAUCCCAUCGGGAUAUUAAGCGAAUGCAGUGUGAGUGUACACCUCUUUCUAAAGAUGAAAGAGCUCAAGGUGAAAUAGCAUGUGGGGAAGAUUGUCUUAAUCGUCUCCUCAUGAUUGAAUGUUCUUCCCGGUGUCCAAAUGGGGAUUAUUGUUCCAAUAGACGGUUUCAGAGAAAACAGCAUGCAGACGUGGAAGUCAUACUCACAGAAAAGAAAGGCUGGGGCUUGAGAGCUGCUAAAGACCUUCCUUCAAAUACCUUUGUCCUGGAGUAUUGUGGAGAGGUACUUGAUCAUAAAGAGUUUAAAGCCCGAGUAAAGGAGUAUGCGCGAAACAAAAACAUCCACUACUAUUUCAUGGCCCUGAAGAAUGACGAGAUAAUAGAUGCCACUCAGAAAGGAAAUUGCUCUCGCUUCAUGAAUCACAGCUGUGAACCAAACUGUGAGACUCAAAAAUGGACUGUGAAUGGACAACUGAGAGUUGGGUUCUUUACCACCAAACUGGUUCCUUCAGGCUCAGAGUUAACAUUUGACUAUCAGUUCCAAAGAUAUGGGAAAGAAGCUCAGAAAUGUUUCUGUGGGUCGGCUAAUUGCCGGGGUUACCUGGGAGGAGAGAACAGAGUCAGCAUCAGAGCAGCAGGGGGAAAAAUGAAGAAAGAACGAUCUCGUAAGAAGGAUUCAGUGGAUGGAGAGCUAGAAGCUCUGAUGGAGAACGGUGAGGGUCUGUCUGAUAAAAACCAGGUCCUCAGCUUAUCCCGGCUAAUGGUUAGAAUUGAAACUUUGGAGCAGAAACUUACCUGUCUUAAACUCAUACAGAACACACACUCACAGUCUUGCCUGAAGUCCUUUCUGGAACGUCACGGACUGUCUUUGUUGUGGAUCUGGAUGGCAGAGCUAGGUGAUGGCCGGGAAAGUAACCAGAAGCUUCAGGAAGAGAUUAUAAAGACUUUGGAACAUUUACCCAUUCCUACUAAAAAUAUGUUGGAGGAAAGCAAAGUACUUCCUAUUAUUCAACGUUGGUCUCAGACCAAGACUGCUGUCCCUCAGCUGAGUGAGGGAGAUGGGUAUUCUAGUGAGAAUACGUCACGUGCUCACACACCACUCAACACACCUGAUCCUUCCACCAAACUGAGCACAGAAGCUGACACAGACACCCCCAAGAAGCUAAUGUUUCGCAGACUUAAAAUUAUAAGUGAAAAUAGUAUGGACAGUGCGAUCUCUGAUGCUACCAGUGAGCCAGAAGGCAAAGAUGGCAAGGAGGACCUUGACCAGUUAGAAAACAUCCCUGUAGAAGAUGAGGAAGAGUUACAGUCACAGCAGCUACUCACACAACAACUACCUGAAUCUAAAGUUGAUAGUGAAAUUGCUAUGGAGGCCAGUAAGCUAGCCUCAUCUGAACCAGAGGCUGACACUGAAAUAGAGCCUAAAGAAAGCAAUGGCACGAAACUAGACGAACCUAUUGCUGAGGAAACACCAUCCCAAGAUGAAGAGGAGGGUAUAUCUGAUGUGGAGAGUGAGAGGAGCCAGGAACAGCCAGAUAAAACAGUAGAUAUAAGUGAUUUGGCCAUCAAGCUCCUGGACAGUUGGAAAGACCUAAAGGAGGUAUAUCGAAUUCCAAAGAAAAGUCAAACUGAAAAGGAGAACACAAUAACUGAACGAGGAAGGGAUGCUGUUGGCUUCAGAGAUCAAACAGUUGCCCCAAAGACUCCUAACAGAUCAAGAGAGAGAGACCCAGACAAACAAACUCAAAGUAAAGAGAAAAGGAAACGAAGGGGCUCCCUCUCACCACCUUCUUCUGCCUAUGAACGGGGAACAAAAAGGCCAGAUGACAGAUAUGAUACACCAACUUCUAAAAAGAAAGUACGAAUUAAAGACCGCAAUAAGCUUUCUACAGAGGAGCGUCGAAAGUUGUUUGAGCAAGAGGUAGCUCAGCGGGAGGCUCAGAAACAACAGCAGCAGAUGCAGAACCUGGGAAUGACAUCUCCACUGCCCUAUGACUCUCUUGGCUACAAUGCCCCUCAUCACCCCUUUGCUGGCUACCCACCAGGUUAUCCCAUGCAGGCCUAUGUGGAUCCCAGCAAUCCUAAUGCUGGAAAGGUGCUUCUCCCCACACCCAGCAUGGAUCCUGUGUGUUCUCCUGCUCCUUAUGAUCAUUCUCAGCCAUUGGUGGGACAUUCUACAGAACCCCUUGCUGCCCCUCCACCUGUGCCAGUGGUGCCACAUGUGGCAGCCCCCGUGGAAGUUUCCAGUUCACAGUAUGUGGCCCAAAGUGAUGGUGUGGUACACCAAGACUCCAGUGUCACCGUCUUGCCAGUGCCAGCCCCAGGCCCAGUCCAGGGACAGAAUUAUGGUGUUUGGGAUUCAAACCAACAGUCUGUCAGUGUACAGCAACAGUACUCUCCUGCACAGUCUCAAGCAACCAUAUACUAUCAAGGACAGACUUGUCCAACUGUCUAUGGUGUGACAUCACCCUAUUCACAGACAACUCCACCAAUUGUACAGAAUUAUGCUCAGCCAAGUCUUCAGUACAUCCAGGGACAACAGAUUUUCACAGCUCACCCACAAGGAGUGGUGGUACAGCCAGCUGCAGCGGUGACUACAAUAGUUGCACCAGGACAGCCUCAGCCCUUACAGCCACCUGAAAUGGUUGUGACAAAUAAUCUCCUGGAUCUACCACCACCAUCUCCUCCCAAACCAAAAACCAUUGUCUUACCUCCCAACUGGAAGACAGCCCGAGACCCAGAAGGGAAGAUUUACUACUACCAUGUGAUCACAAGGCAGACUCAGUGGGAUCCUCCUACUUGGGAAAGCCCAGGAGAUGAUGCCAGCCUUGAGCAUGAAGCUGAAAUGGACCUGGGAACCCCAACAUAUGAUGAAAAUCCCAUGAAGACUUCAAAAAAGCCUAAGACAGCAGAAGCAGACACCUCCAGUGAGCUAGCUAAGAAGAGCAAAGAAGUAUUCAGAAAAGAGAUGUCCCAGUUCAUUGUCCAGUGCCUGAACCCUUAUCGGAAACCUGACUGCAAAGUGGGAAGAAUUACCACAACUGAAGACUUCAAACACCUAGCUCGCAAGCUGACUCACGGCGUUAUGAAUAAGGAGCUGAAGUACUGUAAGAACCCUGAGGACCUGGAGUGCAAUGAGAAUGUGAAACACAAAACCAAGGAGUACAUUAAGAAGUACAUGCAGAAGUUUGGGGCUGUUUACAAACCCAAAGAGGACACUGAAUUAGAGUGACCUACCGGGCCAGGGUGGGAGGACGGGCAAGCUGGUAGGACAUACUUUGGGGAGAAGAAAUCCUGUGGGCCCUCUCUGCCCCGCCCCACUCCACCGACAGGGCUGUGCUACUGAUGACACAUCACCCUGGGGAAUUCAAGUCUGCAGAUUUCAGGUGAAAGCCACAAAAAUGAGCUCCAUCUUCAACAAGCAGUCCCUGGUUGUGAGCUGUUGGUAGAGGCCAUCAGAGGCAAGGGCUUAGGCCCUUGAGACCUUCCCUUCUGAGACCCUGGCCAGGCCUGACCCCACUCUCACACCUGGGUCUCCUCCUUGGCGGUGCUGUCAGCGCACAGACUCAUGCGCAUCCCCACCCACAACCCCCUUACGCUGAAGAUCUGUAUUAUAUUUUAAUGUAUAUGUGAAUAUAUUGAAAAUAAUUUGUUUGUUUUUCCUGGUUUUUGUUUUUUGUUUUGCUUUUAGCCUCUACGUGCUAGGAUCACAGGAAGACUUUGUAAGGAUGGUAUAAGUUCUCCUGCAAGGUUUAAUUUGUUAUCAUGUAAAUAUUCCAAAGCAGGCUGCCUUGUGGUUUUGGCCAGCCUUGUGCUAUGUUGAUAAGAUUGAUUUACUGCUUAAAAUCACUUUACUUUAUCCAAUUUUUACUGAACUUUUUAUGUAAAAAAUAAAAUCAAUUAAAGAA